AUAACGUCAAAUUUAGAUGUAUUUAUAAGGCGCUUCAACGAAAUCCAGUACUGGGUAGUGACGGAGACCGUAUCAACGUCCAACCUGACGAAACGGAUGUCCCUGGUAAAGAAGUUCAUCAAACUGGCUGCUUUCUGCAAGGACUACCAGAACCUGAACGCAUUUUUCGCAAUCGUGAUGGGUCUGUCAAAUAUGGCUGUGUCUAGACUAACGUUAACAUGGGACAAGCUCCCGUCAAAGUUCCGAAAGCUGUUCACCGAGUACGAAGCGCUGAUCGAUCCCAGCCGGAAUCAUAGAGCCUAUCGAAUGUCGGUCGGCAAGCUGCAACCACCCGUCAUCCCGUUCAUGCCCCUGCUCCUGAAGGAUAUGACGUUCGCCCACGAAGGAAACAAAACCAGCCUCGACGGGUUGGUGAAUUUCGAAAAGAUGCACAUGAUGGCACAAACGAUGCGAACGGUGCGGUACUGUCGAUCCAGACACUUGGUAUUGGAUCCUCCCUCGCCGAAGAACGAGAACGAAAUUCGCCAGUAUAUAAGCUGCUUCCGGACCAUCGACAACCAGCGGGUGCUGAACGCCAUGUCCCAGAAGGUGGAACCCAGGCGGUCGUAAGGGGCAGGAAAUUGGUACGGGACGCGGGCAACCGGAAGGACGAAGUGAUCAAGACCGGGCUAAUAAUGGUUUGAUUUUUACGGCAUAAUAUAAUAUGUAUCCACACCCCCAAACCAACACAGCAAAACCGAAUGUCGUAGCACCUAUACUUCUAUCUUUUUCGAAUAUGGAUUAGAAUUGUAGCUCCCUUUUUUGGGGGCAUUUGGAUCAACCUUGCGCUAUUGCUGCGAUUAGCUAGGUAGUGAUUUAUAUACUUUCUGGUAAAGUGAGUAUGUGUUGUGUUAUUAUGUAGAACAACUAUGAAGAAUAGUUAAUAACAGGGCGGCAAGUUUAUUUUAAAACGGUGCAAUUAUUUUGUACAUGAUAUGUUAAUUUUUUCAUCUAGUUCAUGUCUAUCUCAUAAAAAAACCCUACCUAUUAAGGAUUUUAACUGUAGCAUUUAAGAGUUCUGUUCUGUACUUACUAUUCAGAUUUAGUAUUGUUUGUUAAUUAUGUUUGAGUUUUCCUCUUAAUGUUUAUCAGUAAUAUUUAUUAAUACUAUUAUUUUCACUUUAAUUGAAUAAACUAAGUUUGGUUUUUUACUAUUUAUUUUGUUUUGGGUUACCAGAUAUCGCAACAAGCAAAGGCCGGAUUUUUCGGUAUUAGUUUAUUGGUCGAUUUUAGGAUCCUUGCUUUGGAGUGAUUACCGAGCGUUUGUCCUACACAUUUGACCCAUCUAGUAAAAAUUUUCUUACAUUCAUUGUCUCUAGACAUCCGGGGCAAGAUGAAUACCCAAACGGGGCCUUUUUGGAAGAACAUUCACAGACAAAAUAUCCAAAGGGGGCAGGCAUUGCGUAGUUGGUAAAUCGAUUGCCUUGUACACAGCUAACCUGGGUUUGAUUCCCAACCCCGCACAUAGAGUUAAAGAUUUUUCUAAAAAAGGGAUUUUUCUAACCCGAAAAGAGGUGAAAUCUUUUGAAUUUCAUAUGCUUGAAAAUGUCUGACACCUUUCCCUUUCCGGCUGCUGUGUGGAAUAAUGACGCUGAAUCCCUCUGGAUAAAGACGCGUCAUCUCUAUAUUUACCUAUCUUAUGAAUUAUUUGUCAAUGUCAUUCCAAUCGAGGACGAGACAUGUCAACGGCCCUCGUUCCAGAAGAAUUCGAAGCGAUUUUCUUCGGAUUGAGUGCCUUUGACAGGUCUCGUGCUCGAUUGGAAUGAUACUGACAAAUAAUUCAUAAGAUCAAGAUAGAGAUGGUGAGUCUUUAUCCAGAGGGAUUCAGUGUCUGUAGUGUAGAACUCCUGCCUAGGGAGUUGUGCAUAGUCUACCUCGAGUAGGUUACGUCGUCCAAUACCACGCACUCGGAUUUCGUUGGCAUCAUCCAAGAGGUUGACAUGACGAAAUUUUUUCUAAAUGCAAAUGAGGAGCGCUUUAGUUUGCUUCAAAUCAGAGAAAGUGUGCAUUGGUUUCUUUUAUUUACUGUUAUUAGAGUGGCUCGAAAAUGACAUUUUUCAGCACAGCACUUUUUGAGUUCCUUUUGUGGUCCCAAAUGCCUGUGAAAAGUUUGGGAGCGGUCGGUUGCUUCCCGGGUUUGCGCAUUGCGUUUAAAGUUUGUAUGGGAUUUUAUAUGGGGAAAUCAAUUAUUUUGCAUUUACGUUAGUAAAGAUCGCUAUUUCACUCAAUAUGAAAAACCAGGUUUAUAAAACGAUAAUUCAAACCUUGGUUAACAACUUUGUCGAAACCGGUAACUAGCUACGAGAUUUCAAAAAAUAGUUAUAACGAUUUUAAAACUUAUGGUUCAAUCCAAAUGCAGAAAUUAAUUAUUUCUUCCAACACUGUCAGUACACCACGACACCGAUACUUUAAAGUUGAACAAAUGAGAAUAUAUUCAUCGCAGAGACUUGGUACCUUUGAAUGAAUUGUUCAGAAUGAAUUGCUGAAUAACACAGACGUAGUCAGAAAAUGAAAAGAAGAGUAAGGGGGAGGUUUGUGUACUCCCCAGUUCCCUUUUUAGAUAGUUUAGUAUAACAUAAGGAGCACAUCUUCAACGCAGGUUUGUACCGUCGAAUUAAAAAUUAAUCUUACGUGUUUGAGUGCUACUAUUUAAGGGCUCUACUGUUAUGUCAUUUAAAAUGGUACAACGGUUUAUAAGUUUUACAUAUUUUAAAACCCUAUUUCUUAGCCGUCAGAAUUUUAAAAAAAAAAUGCAUAUCCUUAGAUUCCUUGAAGUCUUGGAAUUGUUUUUUUUUGAAGUUUUCGUUUGAGAAUCUAGGAACGAAACCAGGAUAGUUACUUCAAACAAGCGUUUUUUUAUGAAAUUGAGUUAAUUUCACGCAAAACAGAGGUGAUCUUGGUGGACCAGCAAUAUACUUAAGGUUAGAACCCAACGCGAUUUCCAGACCUGAGUUAGUUUUUGCAUCAAGCAAAAAUAACAUAAAUUUGUAGGUGUAAAUCCUAAAUAUUGUAAAUGUUUUUUCCCACAACAAAGAUUGUAGUAUGAUUCAUAUUUGGGUCUCUCAAAAUAUUAAGAAAGUUCAGUCGUUGACUUUUACAAGGACGUAAUGAUUCUUUGUCUUAUACAAAACAAUCUAAAAAGGGACCUGGGGAGUACACAAGACCCCCCCACCCCCGCUUCUUUUCAUUUUCUGACUACGUCUAUUUUAUUCAGCAAUUCAUUCUGAAUAUUUCAUUCAAAGAUACCAAGUCUCUGCGAUGAAUAUAUUCUCAUUUAUCUAAGUUUUUAAUGUCGAUGUCGGUGGUGCACCGGCAGUGUUGGAAAAACUAAUCAAUUUCUGCAUUUGGAUUUUACCAUAAGUUUUAAAAUCGUUAUAACUAUUUUUUGAAAACUCGUAGCUAGUUACGGUCUUCGACAAAGUUGUUAACCAAGGUUUGAACUAUAGUUUUAUGUAGCUGGUUUUUCAUUAUCAGUGAAAUAGGGAUCUUUAUUAAUUUAAAUGCAAAAUAAUUGAUUUCCCCAUAUAAAAUCCCAUGCAAACUUUGAACGCAAUGCGCAAACCCGGGAAGCAACCAACCGCUACCAAAUUUUGCACAGGCAUUUUAGACCACAAAAGGAACUCAAAAAGUGCUGUGCCCGCUAGUUUAAAUCAUUUUGAAGUUUUCCCAUACAACCGCGAGCCACUCUAGUAGUUAUCCUCUACACGAAAAAAAAUGUUCCCAAAAUCGUGAAUAAAGUGCCAUGAAUUCACGUUUUUACGUUACGCCAAUCACGUUUUUACGUUACGAAAACCAGACCAUGAAAAAAAUCAUGGCUUUUAUAAUUAUGUUCAAUUUCUCUUCAGUAACGCCCGCGUAACGGAGUGGAAAUAUUUGUUUUUGUUUUGUGAACUCCAGUCACGGAUUCCGUCAAAUUAUUUCUAAUUCGAUUCUCAGUAAGCGAACUAGUUCACAACUUUAUGAACAUUAUUCAUAAAUCCGAAAAUUGAAUCAUGAUUUUGUUCAUAGAUAUAGGAACAUUAGUUCACAAAAUCAAAAUUUUGUGGCUAUAUUUUCGUGAACUAUUUCAUGAAAUUCGGAAUUUUAUUCAUGAAAAGUCACCAUCCAAUAUCCGUGCUCGUGAAAUAGUUCACGAAAUCAUGAAAUAUUAUUCAUGUAUUCGUGAACCGGUUCAUGAUUCCUAACAAUAUUAGCUACGAUCCAAUAUCCGUGCUCGUGAAAUAGUUCACGAAAUCAUGAAGUAUCAUUCAUGUAUUCAUGAACUGGUUAAUGAUACCUAGUAAAACAGUCACGACUUAUCAUUCGUUUUCGUGAAAAAGUUCACGAAAUCAUAAAAUAUUAUCCACGUAUUCGUGAACUGGAUCAUGAUUCCUAGUACAUGAUUUACGAUCUAUCUAGUAUCUAUUUGCGUGCUUGUGAUAUUUAGAAGAUAUCCCCAAUCAUUUACAAUUUCAUGCAACAUGGUAAUGAAAUUUUUACGUGAACCCUUUCACAAAAUUUGGAGUAUUAUUCGUGGAAUCAUUUUUGUUCCAUGCACUUUUUCAUGAAAUACCCAGCUGCUAGCGACCAGUAAUAGGUACGAGCAGUAGAUACAAAAAAAAACUAUUAGGACCUCGAACAUCUUUAUUCACUUGAUAAGGUUUAUUGUGAUGUCUGGAUAGAAAACGAAAUCUGCACUGAGAACCUCACGUAGUGUGCGUGAUAUAGUUCACAGAACCAGAUAUCGCUGGAGAGUUUAAUUUUAAUGAUCCAGUUCAUAUUGUCACGUUAUUCCGAGUACAAAAACUGUUAGUAACCAAAAAUAAUAGAUCACGAUAAUUAAGAAUUAAUAUAUUGUCUUCGAAUUAAUAAAUUUUCGUACAGACUGAAAUACUAUACUAACUUAAACCUAUUUUCACUUUGAACAUUUCUCUACUUAAGUUAAAGUCAAAAUGAUAAAAAAACGCUAUUGAAGAGCUCACAGCAAACAUCUACCGGGUUAUUCUGGCCGUACUGCGUGCGAUGAGUAGAGCGCCGAAAGAAGUCCAUUCUCCGCAGAGACCUACCAGGAACGUUGAAGUCCAGCUUAGCGAGAAGCAGAGGGCAGUCAAUGUUGUCAGCGAGAAGAUCGAACACAAAAAGUCGCUGCAGAAAAACUCUCCUGUUUUGUAGCGUAGGCAGGUUGAUAAGAGCACAACGAUGCUCAUACGGUGGUAGUUCAAAUCGAUUUCUCCAGGGAAGCCGUCGAAGGGCAUACCGGACGAAGCUCUUUUGCACCCGUUCUAUGCGAUUAAUGUGUACGGUGUGAUACGGGGCCCAAACGAUAACUCCAUACUCUAGAAUGCUGCGUACCAGACUGAUGUACAGUGUCUUCAGGCAGUAGACGUCGUUGAAAUCUUGGGUGUUUCGUUUGAUGAGUCCUAGUACUGCAUAGGCUUUAGCAGUUACUGCAUUGAAGUGUUCGAUGAAACGUCGCUUACGGUCAAGUAUAACACCAGGGUCCUUGAUUGAUGAAACUCGUUUUACUGGGGCAGCGCUCACUGCAUACUCAAACGUAAUUGGCGAGAGUAUUCGUGUGAAUGUGAUUAUGUUGCAUUUCUGAAUGUUUAUAGUCAUUCCGUUUCUAUCACACUAACUCAUGAUCCUAUCUAUGUCCAUCUGAAGUGCACAACAAUCUACCAGAGUUGUUAUGAUGCGAUAAAUUUUCAGAUCAUCUGCGUACAUCGCCUUACACGAUGUCAAUUCGCUGCAAAUGUCAUUCACAAAGAGCACGAAGAGAAGAGGUCCAAGGUGACUCCCUAGAGGUACACCCGAUCUGAUGUCGAAUGGGUCUGAAAGUACAGUUCCAAGUCGCACAGAUGCACUGCGGUUUGUACGAGAAGGUACGGUACGAGAAGAUCCAAUUGGUCAGCCAGUCCGGAAAUCCGAUUCGCCUCAACUUUUCAACAGCUAGCUGAUGAGGAAGACGAUCGAAGGCUUUGGAGAAAUCUACAUACACUGCAUCAAUUUGUUGUCGUUUCUCUAAUUUAUCAAUCAGCGUUGACACAUAGCUCAUUAAGUUCGUCGUUGUUGAGCGCUUUCUAACAAACCCAUGCUGAUCUGUAGUGAUGAUGUGUUUUACUGCAGGGUAGAGAAUAUCUAACAGCAUACUUUCAAAAACUUUUGGGAGGCAGCUCAGGAUUGAAAUUCCUCUGUAAUUUAUGACGUCAUGGACGUUACCGGCUUUAUGAAUUGGUGUUAUUAAAGCCUCCUUCCACUUGGCGGGAAAAAUACUUUCACCGAGAGAGCGAUUGAAAAGCAUGGAUAUCGGUACAGCUAACGAUGAAGAGCAUUCCUUGACGAAACAUGGUUGUAUUCCGUCCGAUCCUGGUCCCUUUGAACAACACCACGUAGAUUGGUGUACACUUCGCGUUCGGUGAAAGAUGUUACAGGCAAAUUCAAGGAGAACGUCGGCAGACUACUCAGGUACGAUUUAGACAAAGGUGGUGGGUUAUUACUUACCACACUUUGAAAGAAAGACGAGAAUAGAUUUGCUGACUCCGCAGGUGUCGUUGAGGUCCUGUCACGGUAGUACACGUUUUCAGGAAAACCACGGGUGGAUGUUUUGUUCCGCAAAUAAGCCCAAAAUUGCUUCGGCUCGUCCUUCAUGUUACUCUCAAGUCGUGAAACGUAUGAUCGAAAGCAAGAUGCAUUCAAUGAUUGAAAUUGUCGCUCUAAAUCUCUCACAAACGAUUUAUCAUCUUCACCUCUUUUCCGGAAAAAUCGUUUACGAGUCUUCCUUA